AUGUAUGAUAAAACAAACAUAGAAAAGAUAGAGGUUUUACAUAUAUAUGUUCCAGUAGUAACUUUUACUGAUUUCUCCGGGGUAAAAGAAUUUGAUAUCAAGUCCGUGAGGCUGAGGAUUGUAUUCAAGAGGUUCAGAGUUGAUAAAGCCAUGGCAAAUCCGUGGUGGACAGGACAGGUGGGGUUCAUGGGUUUAGAACCGAGGUCUCUGACGAAAAAAAGUGAGAGAGAAUUAUUCAUCAAUGAAAGAAGUGGAGGAAGUAGCAGCAGAGGCGAUGACGAAGAAGAGAGAGACACAGGAGACGAGCCUAAAGAGGGUGCUGUAGAGAUUGGUACUCGUAGACCUCGAGGCCGGCCAUCUGGAUCGAAGAACAAGCCAAAGCCACCAAUAUUUGUCACCCGAGAUUUCCCUAACGCGCUGCGUAGCCAUGUCAUGGAGGUAGCUGGUGGUGCAGAUGUGGCGGAAAGCAUAUCCCAAUUCGCCAGAAGGCGUCAACGAGGCGUGUGUGUAUUGAGUGGAAGUGGAUCAGUAGCCAAUAUCACCAUCAAACAGCCGGCUGAGCCUGGUGCCGCGGUGGCUCUCCCUGGCAAGUUUGAGAUUCUGUCACUAACCGGGGCUUUCCUCCCUGGCCCAGCGCCGCAAGGAGCCACUGGGUUGAAGGUGUACCUAGCUGGUGGUCAGGGGCAGGUGGUAGGGGGAUGUGUUGUCGGACCACUUAUGGCAGCAGGGCCUGUUAUGGUCAUUGCUGCUACUUUUACUAAUGCAAGUUAUGAAAGAUUGCCUCUUGAAGAUGAGGACAAGGCGGGUGCCUCGGUCGAAGGGACAGGGAAUUCACCGCCAGGGAUCGGAACCGGUGGAGGACAACCAGAACACAGGAUUCCUGAUCCUUCUUCACUGCCAAUGAAUUACAAUUUGUUACCAAAUUUACUACCAAAUGGUGGACAUUUGAAUCAAGAUGCAUAUGCUUGGGCACAGCCUAGGCCACCUUAUUGA